UGAUAUAUGGGGCUUCAUGUCCGCCAAUGUACGCCAUUCGUUGUCGCUGCAUGGAAGGAAACACAUCAAAACGUGUAUAAGAUCUCUGGUAUUUCAAAUAAAGAGAAUUGCACGACAGAUUACUUACCAAGAACAAAGAAACAGAGGCUGCAGACCGGCCUCCAGCUUCCUCCUGUGGUUUUUAGACUUCAGGUGGUCCACGAACGGCCGGAGGCCGGUCGUGGUCUUUCCACAUGCUGAGCAGCUAAACAACAUCUUGAUGAUAGUUGAAUGGGACUGAUCAAGGUGGAUCCAAUCACUUUUAUCCCCGCCCAGUUGUUCGUUGGUUGAAGUCCACCGCUCAGGAUGUGAAGCGGGUAAAGCGGUGACGUGAGUACUACAUCUCUUUGAAACGUGCACGAUUCAUAUAAAAACCGCUAAAGAUGAUGGCCAUGGACCCCGCGUCCCGUUCAAACUUGUCGCCGGUUCUAGUUGAUUCCAGAAACUUCCACCUGAUCCGAGCACACUGUGAGUACUCUGAGCACGCUGUGAGGAGUGGGAAACUAUCGACAUUUUGGUACUCACCGGUUGAUGCAGACAGUGUGUAACCUUUUGACCCGCGUACGUGAGACGCCGCGGUUUAGGGUAAAAUCGCUAUGACGUCAUCGAUGACAUCAGUUAGUUGGUACACCCAUAAUACUUUCUACUUGUGUGUGUGUGUGUGUGUGUGUGUGUGUGUGUGUGUGUGUGUGUGUGUGUGUUGUGUUGUGUGUGUGUGCAUGUUGUGUGCUCACACGCAGGGUGCAUGCGGCUCCAGCUGGGCGUUCAGCACAACCGGCUCCACCGAAGGCCAGCACUUCAAGAAGACUGGCAACCUUGUCUCGCUGUCCGAGCAGAACCUGAUUGACUGCAACCAAAAGGAGGCUGAUCGUGGCUGUGGCGGAGGUUUCAUGGACCAUCGCUUCAAGUACAUCAUCGAGAACCACGGCAUUGACACAGAGGAGAGCUACCCUUACACGGCCAAGGCCGGUACAUGCCGCUUCAGGGAGUCCCACGUCGGCGCCACCCUCACCAGCUACAAGGACAUGCUGCCGCGCAAGUCCGAGAGCGCCCUGCAGGAGGCUGUUGCCUCGGUUGGCCCAGUGUCGAUUGCCAUCGACGCCUCAUCGACGUAUUUCCGCUACUACAAGCACGGAAUCCUGAUCGACAGCAAGUGCACCAACGCUUACCCGAAUCACGCUGCCCUGGUUUUCGGCUACGGUGUUGUUGAGGAAGAGCAGGACUACUGGCUGGUCAAGAACACCUGGGGUACCAGCUGGGGAGACAAGGGAUACAUCAGGACGGCACGUAACCAUGACAACAUGUGCGGGAUCACCACGGACGCCAGCUAUCCGAUCGCCUAAGCACACAUCGCCGGGACAACGCCGUCUAAAAAAAAACGCUCGCACACGCCUUUGUCGUGUGAUGUUGUAACUUAUCUACCAUCAGUAUAGCUCAGAAAAUCGGGGCACUCUGGCGCGCACGCCGCUGCCUCCGUGAAGCUGCAAGGGCACGGUACGUGACCUCCGUAGCACUGCCAGACGCCCUAUACGCCUCGCCCUCUUUCAGUGGCUCACUGUCGAGUGCUGAGACCAGGAGGCUGCAGGUUCUGCUGAAUCGAGCAGUCCGCACUGUCUACGGUGUGCCCACGCGACACUCAGCUGAACCUUUGCUGACCCGGCUGGGAGUCUUCCAGGUGUCAGAGCACUUCCACCAGAACACCUUAGCUCUUGUGUGGAAGAGCCUACGCGGUGAGACAUCGCAGUCCGUCACAGAACUAAUGACUCCACAAAUGACCAGAGAAACCCGCCUUCAGCAGCAGGACGGACUCAGUCUUCCAGUUGCAAGAACAAACGCUGGCAAGUCGAGGUACGCCUUCAACGCUACAGGUAAAUGGAACAGAUUACCUGAAGACGUCCGCUCCAGCACAACUCUGGAGACCUUCAAAGCUGCAGCAGUACCCUACGCAAUUGCUCGUUGACUACAUGGAACAGUAGCAAAUGCCAUGUUUGACAAUGGAUCCGAUAUCCAGCUGACUAUCAUUUCCAGUGCAUACACACUUUUUCUUUCCUUCUUUUUCUCUCUCUCUCUCUCUCUCUUUUUUUUUUCUUCCCUCUUAAGAUCUUCGCCACCUUGUCAUUGGGAGGAAAUUCCCGUUUGGAUUUUGUGAAGUAAAACAAAGUUAAAAAAAUAAAAAAAUAGCUGAUUGCCACCGCCACAGCUGCUGCUGCUGCUUUUGUGGCGCAAUCUUCCUUACACUAUCAGCCCGGAUCAUCCAUUCGCGCUAUGAUCCAAGCUUGCAGCCUAUAUCAAUCCUAUCUUCUGAAAAUUGUGGUCAGCUUGCUGUCUGAUGAUCGGUUGAAACCGUGAAACUCAGAGUUACAGAAGAAACGCUUCUCAUCCCUCUCAAGUGUGUUUAUUUU